CAAAACUUUUUAGCAAACCAAACAUUUGCUAUUUUCAUUUCUCUUUGUGAAUCACUUAUUUUGUUAAUUAAGGCUCAUCGUGAAUAUUAUCAACAAGUACCAUUUUUACCUUGGUUUCAUGGAUCUGAGCCUGUGGAACACUUUUUUGGUAUUGCGCGCCAAUUAAAUCCAGAUUUUGAUUUUGCAGAUUUAAUCCAAAUACUUCCUAAAAUAUCACAGUAUUCCAGAGCUUUAAGAUCAAAAAAAUUAUCUUUUAAUCAAGAAAAAACUGUUCGUCAAGGUUAUCAUUUUGACUAUAAUACUGGUAAUUUAGAAGAAUCAACAUUAGAAAUAUUGAGACUUUGGCCAACAGAUGAACAAAUUUCACAAACAAUAAAGCAUUCACGCUACUUAGCUUGUGAACUUGCCGAAUUUCUUGGAAUGAUUCAACCUGCAGAUAUCGCUCUUGAACCAAAUUUACAAGUUUUAAUCAAUAUUCAUGAAAAAGAAGUUUCCAUGUCAUGCAGAAAACUUCAUGAUGAAAACGAUAAAGAACAAGUUGAAAACGCUGAAAUUGACCUAACCACAGCAUUAACAGAAGCAUCUCAUGAAAUGAAGCGUAUUUCAACAGAAGAAUGUGAUAAUAAUGAUGAUGAUUUAUCAAAUUUAUUCCAAAAAGAGUCUUCACAACUAAAUAUAAUUGAUCAAAUUCAAAAAGAUCUCUCUGUUUUAUAUAAUGGAGACAGCAGUAAGUGA